GGACCCAUCACUGUAGCAGUUUAAUUAUGAAGAGAUAUUUAUGACUUCAUAUUUUAUCUGCAGACAGCAGCGGGUGAGGUCGUUUGGGGACAGAAGAAGAGACCAUGGAGCCGUUUGGAGCGACUGAAGUCAACCGAAGACCCAGAUACAGAAAAACAUGUUUGUGCUUUUCUGCAGGACUUUUCUCCGUCAUUUUUUUGAAGAUGUUCAUCUUGUUGACUGCAUCUCAUCUAGAGACGAAACACGUCGAAGCUGUCCAGGUUGGAGAUGUGGUUGUGAUGCUUGGAUCCUCCGCCAUCUUACCCUGCCACAUAAUCACAAAUGAUCGUCUUUCCCAGAUCACAUGGCAGAAAACGAUCAAAGGAAAAGCUCCAGAUGAUGUUUUCUUGAUAAUUCAGCCCACGAUUGGACUCAAGUAUAGAAAUGAAAAGGAUUUCAGAUUUGAAUUUAUUGGAAAUUUCAAUGAUAAAAAUGGAACCCUGAAGUUUUCUAAUGUGACACUGAAGGAUGAAGGAAGCUACAGAUGCAUCUUCAGCUUGUUCCCUGGUGGAACACCAAGCAGAAAUUCACAACUUGUAAUACUUGUGCCCCCAAUCACAAAUCUGAUGGAUUAUACACCCUUAGAGGGAAAUGAGGAGGUUCCACUUGCAACCUGCACAGCUGCUGCUUCUAAACCUAAGGCAGAGGUGAGAUGGAUCAAAGGUUCUUUGGAAGGAAAAGUUCGAGAAGAAAUUAAGGAAACUCAGCAUGCUAAUGGUACGACCACCACAUGGAGUACUCUGCUUGGAAAACCUGGGAGAGAGAUGAAUGGUCAAUCAGUGAAGUGUGUCAUCUCAAGUGAGGCAACAAAAGAAGAAAUCUUAGAAACCAACAUCCAGGUCCACUACCCACCUGGGAAAGUCAACAUUGUUGAACGAUCCGAAGUAUCAUAUGAGUGUGAAACUGAGGCAAAUCCAAAAGCAACUGUUAUCUGGACAAGGUCUGGCCAGCCUCUGCCUCCAUCAGUUAAAGUUGUGGGUGCAACACUGCAGUUUUCAAGCCAGAGCAAUGACUUGUCCGGCCUUUAUCAGUGUGAAACCAAAAAUCCAUACGGAAGCAAACAGGCUUACUUCUUUGUGCAUUUCUCUUCAGGAAACUGCAACUUUUUCUGCGUCUUGGUUGGUCUCCCAAUUCUCCUGAUUCUCCUGCUUGGAACUGGAAAACUUCAAAGGUAUCAAGUCCAACAGAUAUGUAAUGAGUUAAAAUUAACAAACUGAAAGAGGAAGUUUUUUCCUCAUAGUAUUUUACAAAGGUUUCAGUCAGAUCCUCGGGGAGAUGCCAAGAAGUCUGGAUAAGAAGCUCCUCAUUGGUGGCAGAAAAAAAGAUUUCUGCUGAAACCGUGAAAGAAGGAUCUUCUGAACGAUGAUGUCCAUCAGGUGCAAAUGUGGAUUUUGAUUUUAAACUGUAGAGUUCUCUACAGACCAUGUCUGUCUCCAUGGAUGCAGCUUUAACUCUGAAGGACGGUGACAGGAGUUUAUAAAGCAAAGAGAAGUGGAGUCAAGGAGAGGGGAGGAUUGAAUGGUGUUUGCAGUUAAAAUGGAGUCUGGGGUCUUAACUCAGCAAACAGGGUUUGAUUUCACACCUACAUAAACUGCACUGAUCUUUAUAAUAUG